AAACCUUGCUUGAAGCUGGACUUUUAACUUAAUUGCUGAUAGAGGGUUUUUUUAGAAUCAAUAUUUAAAUAUACUGCAAAUAUUCAGCUUGAUUUAUUUGGUGAUGUGAGCCCCACCACAGGUACCUUCAGCUCGCCUGGAUGUGCUGGACUCUACUGCUUGCUGUAGGGCAUUAAAGGUGACAAUACUGAAAAACGAAAUUCUGCAGACAGUAUAAUACCCUCUUUUUUUCUGACGGCUUAAGUUUUAGUUUUUUAAUCCUGUUGUCUCAGUGUUGGAAGGCUUAAGAAACAAUUGCACUGCAGUAUGCAGAACCUCUUGUCUGCAGGAUAGUUUGCUUAUUUAGAGAAGGAGCAACUAAAUGAUGUGUGCAUGUCAUCUCAUUUCUCUUUUACAACUAUAUCACUCUACUUCUGAGGCAUCUAGAAGACAGCUGCCACACUGAUGAUCUUUUGCUUAUCAGUGUGUCUGUACGGCUUCCCUGUUUGAGUUAGCAGACCUUAUUAAAACUUUCUUUCUCUAUCGUUGUGCCUUGUCAUAUAUCUGAUGUUUUUCAUCCUUGUUUUCCUUCAAAACUAAAACUUGACUACCAGUUGCCUUUUCUGUUUCAAUCAAUCAUCCUCUCCUGAAUUCAUUAAGUCACCUCUGUCAUUUUAUAAACAUUUUUUUCUGUGACAACUAAACUUUUUCUUUUAGCCUUUUAAAUUUUGAAAAAAAUCUUUAGUUUCUUCAGGUUGUAUAUUACAUUUCAGUGUAAUUUGGUGUUCUAAUGUUAUUAUUUCUUCCCCCUUUUGCUGCUACAUUGCUUAUUAAGUUUUGUUUGAAGUCAGCCAGUAAGCUCCCAAGGGCAUGACUCAUCUUGUCUCUUGAGAAGUGCCUCACCCAGGUCUGAGCACUGCUAUGACAGUAAAGUAAUGCAAUAAAAUAGCAUAGUGAUAGAAUUAAGUUUUCUCACCAUCUACUAUAGCACGUGUGCACUUUCAUGUUUUCAAAACGCGGUAUGAAUGUCCUUUAAUAGCUUCACUAUACCCAUCGGACAAAGUUUAUUUCUGUGUAAUUCAUACACAGAAAGCCAAACUGCAGAAUUUAGAAACUCACUAGUGACUAAUGUAGUUCUCAACUUCUGAUCUUAUCGUUUUGUAUCCUUUCUGCUGGCUAGUGAGAGGCCAAGGAAAAAGCACUGUACCACAUCAGCUCAAAGGAACAGAAAGAUCAGAGUAGUAAUGUAUAGUUAUACGAAAGUAUAAAUGCAAGGAAAGCCUGAGUCAUUUAGCAACUCUGGGUACUGCAGUCAGGCCAAUUACUUAUGCCAAAGUAGCUGGAUCCUUUCAAGGGAUGACAACCCAUAAUGUCAAAAUUGUAGGGAAAAUUACAUAAACCUAGUGUUCAGAUGAGACAAAAGAUGCAUCUUAUGUGACUGGAGACGAAGCAGUUUCAAGUAGCUUAGAAUCUGUGCCCAGUCUAAUAAGUUCUAUCAAGAAUGGUCUGCAUCCACCUAUAAGGACAUAUCUAAAUAAAAGCAGCCAUGUCUUAAUGUUAUGAAAAUUUCUUCAUUGAAAAAAAUCUGCCUAUCUUUUACUUUUUCAUCUAGUACUUACUUUAUAAGAAACAGAAGAAGAAGAAGAGAAAAGACAGAUCAGUAAAGCUGAACAAUAGCCAAGAGAACUGCGACUAAACCUGUCUGGGAACUAGAGCUGUGAACACUGAGGGGCUCAUUAAAUUAUAUUACCUACUGUGUUAAGAAUUCUGUGAACUGCGUGCACCCAGUUUUUUCCAGUGAUGAUUUAGAUAGAAGGGCUGGCACAAAGUGCAACGCAAAUGAGUUCUGGGGUGUACAUGAUAGGCUUCUGCACCUUUACCUGCAGAAAGAGGACAGGGGACCCUAAUACCACGGUUAGCAUAGCUCUGUCACAUCCCUCCCACAGAUAUUGUGAUACCUAUGUUUCUGCAGGCCCUGAUCCUUUGCCUGAACAUGCACCUGGAUUCUCACUUUUAAUCUAACUUAGGUUCAUCUCUGCUUCUCACAAGACUUUUCUCCUGGUGGCUGGAAAUCAUCAACAUCAGUCAGUUGUUCCCAGUGGGAUCAGUUUUUCAGUAUUUUACUUUGAAUGACAACAGUUGAAUAGACACUGUUGCAUCAAUAUUGAUUGCAGAGGCUGAGCUAGGCAACACUUCAACUGGGGUCACAGUUUUCUAGUCCUGUCCUUUAACCUUCUUAUGCCAUCAGUAAUUCAUUAGUAGUAUCAGUUUUCUUGGCAACCUUUUGCUGUUUUGUCAACUAUAGCAUUAGAAGAUCUGUAAUCAUAUAACCAAACUGACCAAUUACUGAUUUACAAAUUACAUGGUUAAGCAGUUGUAUUUAUUCGCAAAUGUCAAAAUGUAGGUCAUGUUUGAUUAACCAAGUUAAUCACCUAUAAGGGAGAAAGCUUUAUGAAGACCCUGAAAGCUGGAUUGCUAGUAAUAAAGAAAUCAGUGAUGCAACGUCUCGAUAUGUUCUAAGUGUAACUUUAUCUACACAUAUUCCAGUCUUGCAGCAGAGGGGGAAGUGACCACUUCCCCCCCCCCCCCCCCCGCCCCUGAAUUUUAGGCCCCAAACUACCUCAUUCUGAGGGAGCCUAUCUGCUUAGAAAAAGGACUCAAAGCAGAAAACAAAGCAAAAAUGCAGACUUCCUUGAUUUUUACAGAAAUUCUACUCACAGGAACCGCAUAAUUUAAAACAGCAACACAAGAUUAACAAAAUUUACUAGGAAGAUUGUGUGUGAUAACACUAACUACUGAUGUCUGCCAUAAGUGUCCUUUCCUGCGGGUAAUCCAUAGCAUACAGUCACUUCAUUGCUAGCUGUGAACAAGAACAAUAUAAGCAAAUGCUAGUCUCUGUGAAAGUUGAACAGUAAAACUAUUGCAAGUUUAACAAAAAUGAGACAUCAGCUGUACUGCUAACACUAAGAGAAGUCAAAUGCUGAAGAAAGAAGUACAAAAUUUAAUCCAAAUAGAGUGGAAAUAUAGUGAUACUGCCUAGGUAUUUUUCAUCUUGAGCAGGAACAGAUUAGAUCUGAAAUAGCUUAAAGCUAUCCAGGUGUAACAAAGUAGAUCAGCUUAGACUGACAUGAGAAUUUUUUGGCCCAAACGUUUAAAUAUUAAUUGCUGAGGUGUGAGAAAAUCACCAUAAGGUUCAAAAUAAUACUUGUUCAGGAGGCCAGCUGUAGUGAAUAUUAACAAAAAAAUUUUCCGCAAGCCAAAAAAUAGCUUGACUUUGGGCAAUCAAUGGAUUAGUUGUAUUUCUUCAGGCAAGGCAAAGUUUAAGACAUUUUAACUAUUCUCUCCUUAUUUUGUUCAGGCACAGGGCCACUUAAAUUCCUGACAGUUGGAAGAAUUUCACAACCUCUUUUAUCUAUUAUGAGUAGUUUGAGCAUUUUCCUACUGAUAUAAACAGAGCCAGGAUUUUGCCACUGCUGUUUUGAGGCUCUUAAGAAGGAAGUCAUUACAUCAGAUCAUGGUGUUUCUCAAAUAUUUCUAAUAUAAUCUACAAAUUACUACCAAAGAAGUUAGCUCUAUGUUUUUCUAGAUAAUAUUAACACUACAGUCACAAGAUUUUUGCCAGAGAUGUCGGCAUUCAGACUUUUUAAGUAAUUUUAGUAUGGCAGAGAUGAACCAGCUCAAGACACUGUCACUGGAAUACAUUUUGGCUUCAUUGUGUAAUUAUGAUCCAAAUCCAGCCUGUAAGCAAUGAUUGGGAUGACCUGAAGACUAACUGCUACAAUAUCCAGAAUAAGUUGAUUACCUAUAUCCAGUCUCUACCUCUGCCAACUCUACCACUUCUGGUUUAGAACACUCCUUCAGCUGUCAUCUACUACCCUAUUUUCUUCAGUUUUCUACUGAUUUCACAAUAGAUCAGGCUCUUGCUGAAGCAAGACAGUAUCAAGGAGCCAAUUACUGGGAUUCAACCUCUGCGAGAGACUCUCAGCCAGGCUCUCAGCCCUUGCUUUUGGAGAAGCAUAGAGGCAAGGCAGAAGGUUCUUCUCAGGCAGCUACAGAAGAUAAGUUCAACCAUUCCUGUCAGUUCUACCCUUUGAAUUUCAAGCACUGGCAAAGUUUUUAGAAAAAUUAGGUCUCACCUCAGAAGUCUAUGUCCUCAGGACUGCAAUGGAUGGAAUACCACCAUUAAAAGAUAAUCAUCUUUUCAUCAAGGACUUAAGGUUUGAAAAGAUUAAAGUAAGAAUUUACCAGCCAAAAAUACCAACCACUGGCCAAAGAAGAGGAGUCCUUUAUUUUCAUGGAGGAGUUGGACAGUUUGGAAGCAUUCGGGCCUAUGAAAGAGUAUGCCGCUGUUUGGCUAAAAGCAGCAAUUCGGUGGUUGUGUCUGUUGGGUAUCGCUUAGCUCCCGAGUACCCAUAUCCAACCCAGUUUGAGGACUGUCUCGCUGCCACAAUACACUUUAUGAGGACUGCAGAAGAUUAUGGAGUAGAUCCUACUUGCGUUAUCAUCUGUGGAGACAGUAGUGGAGGUACACUCGCUGCUGCCGUUGCCCAAGCAAUGGUGAACAGAGAAGACCUCCCAAAGCUGAGAGCACAAAUCCUGAUAUAUCCUUUUCUGCAGGGUGUGGACUUUAAUUUGCCUUCUUAUCAGCAGAACAAGGGUGUCCCUAUUUUGUUAAAGGAACGAACCAUCACUUUUGGUUUAAAGUAUCUCAAUAAAGACUUAUCAAUCGUGGAGGAGCUCUCGAAAACUGUUUAUAUUCCAGAAGAUUUGCAAUUGAAGUAUCAGAAAUGGCUGAGUCCUGACAACAUCCCUGAAGAAUUUAAACCGAGAGACUACAAACCAGGAAAAAUACAUCUACUCUCAGAAGAACUCCAUGAAUUGGCCAAGCCUACUUUUGACCCAGUUUUUUCACCACUAGUAGCUGAAGAUACUGUUAUUGCUCAGCUUCCUGAGACUUUCAUUUUGACCUGUGAAUUUGAUGUGCUUAGAGAUGAUGGACUGCUGUACAAGAAACGAUUAGAAGAUCAUGGUGUAAAAGUGACCUGGUGUCAUCUGGAAGAGGGAUUCCAUGGCACAGUAUUCUUAGCUUUUUAUGGUAGGAUGCUAUCAUUUCGGUCUGGAGUGAAAGGCCUGCGAAGGAUAGUAGAUUUUCUAAACUCGAUAUAAAACUCCACUUCAUGCUUUCCUUUCUUACUGGUUGCAAAAAAUUCAAGAAAUCCUCAAUUUUCCUUUUUCUUAAAUUACCUUUGAAAUUUCUGCAUUGGACCUGUCUUCUUUUUACCUAAGAAUCUGAUUUGGUGAUGGCUUUUGUUCUGAAAGUUUUGGACGUAACAGCAUCUAGCAAGAUUCAAAUGAUAUAGCUUGUCACUGCUAAGAUGUAUAAAGUUUGUAGGGACAAACAUGAAUAAAUCUCAUAAUAUAAAUAAGUUAUCAUUGGCAUUUAACUUAGAUCUGUGUUAAGGGUUUGUAUUUGAUAACUGUAGUUUCCAAGACAGAAGAAAAGAAUUGUUAAAUAAAAAAAACCAUUGUUAUUUAAAUAUAA